AUGGAUCAUGCUGAGGAGCAGGCGCCUCCUGCGGCCCCCGAGAGGUACUGCGUGGAGAGGCCCAUCUUCAGCCAUCCGGUCCUCCAGGAGCGGCUGCACACCAAGGACAAGGUUGCCGACUCCAUCGGCGAUAAGCUGAAACAGGCCUUCACAUGCACUCCCAAGAAAAUCAGGAACAUCAUUUACAUGUUCCUGCCCAUAACGAAAUGGUUACCAGCAUAUAAAUUCAAGGAGUAUGUGCUGGGGGACUUGGUCUCCGGCAUAAGCACAGGGGUGCUGCAGCUGCCUCAAGGCUUGGCCUUCGCAAUGCUGGCGGCCGUGCCCCCCAUAUUUGGCCUGUACUCGUCAUUUUAUCCUGUGAUCAUGUACUGUUUCCUUGGGACCUCCCGGCACAUAUCCAUAGGCCCCUUCGCUGUCAUCAGCCUGAUGAUCGGCGGCGUGGCCGUUCGACUGGUCCCCGAUGACAUAGUCAUUCCAGGAGGAGUCAACAGCACCAACGGGACAGAAGCCAGGGACGCCUUGCGAGUCAAAGUGGCCAUGUCCGUGACCUUGCUUUCGGGCAUCAUUCAGUUCUGCCUAGGUGUCUGCAGGUUUGGGUUCGUGGCCAUCUACCUCACAGAGCCCCUGGUGCGUGGCUUCACCACCGCGGCCGCUGUGCACGUGUUCACCUCCAUGCUGAAAUACCUCUUUGGAGUGAAAACCAAGCGGUACAGCGGGAUCUUCUCGGUGGUGUAUAGUACAGUUGCUGUGUUGCAGAAUAUUAAAAACCUCAACGUGUGUUCCCUAGGCGUCGGUCUCAUGGUUUUUGGUUUGCUGUUGGGUGGCAAGGAGUUCAAUGAGAGAUUUAAAGAGAAAAUGCCGGCGCCCAUCCCUUUAGAGUUCUUUGCGGUAGUCAUGGGGACGGGUAUUUCAGCUGGGUUUAACUUGAAAGAAUCGUACAACGUGGACGUCGUUGGAACACUCCCUCUGGGGCUGCUGCCUCCAGCCAACCCAGACACGAGCCUCUUCCACCUUGUGUAUGUGGACGCCAUUGCCAUAGCCAUCGUUGGCUUCUCAGUGACCAUCUCCAUGGCCAAGACCUUGGCAAAUAAACAUGGCUACCAGGUGGAUGGCAACCAGGAGCUCAUCGCCCUGGGACUGUGCAACUCCAUCGGCUCGCUCUUCCAGACCUUCUCAAUUUCCUGUUCCCUGUCCCGGAGCCUUGUGCAGGAGGGGACCGGAGGGAAGACACAGCUCGCAGGUUGCUUAGCCUCGUUGAUGAUUCUGCUGGUUAUCCUAGCCACGGGAUUCCUGUUUGAAUCUUUGCCACAGGCUGUGCUCUCGGCCAUUGUCAUAGUCAACCUGAAGGGAAUGUUCAUGCAGUUCACGGACCUCCCGUUCUUCUGGAGGACCAGCAAGAUAGAGCUGACCAUCUGGCUCACCACCUUCGUGUCCUCCUUGUUCCUGGGCUUGGACUACGGUCUCAUCACUGCCGUCAUCAUCGCCCUGCUGACCGUGAUCUACAGAACCCAGAGUCCGAGCUACAAAGUCCUUGGACAACUUCCCGAAACUGACGUGUAUAUUGACAUAGACGCGUUUGAGGAGAUCAAAGAAAUUCCCGGAAUAAAAAUCUUCCAAAUAAACGCCCCAAUUUACUACGCCAACAGCGACUUGUAUAGCAACGCGCUAAAGAGAAAGACCGGCGUGGACCCAGCGGUCAUCAUGGGCGCCAGGAGGAAGGCCAUGCGCAAGUACGCGAAGGAAGUCGGAAAUGUGAACAUGGCCAGCGCCAUCAUGGUCAAACCGCUUUGCUUGUGUCCAACCAUGGCCCAGGACGCAGAAGUUGACGGGGAAAAUGCCGCCAAGCCCGACGAGGACGACGGCGAGGUGAAAUUCCCUCCCAUCGUGGUCAAGAGCACGUUCCCGGAGGAGCUGCAGCGCUUCAUGCCCCCGCGCGACAACGUCCACACCAUCAUCCUGGACUUCACGCAGGUCAACUUCAUCGACUCCGUGGGCGUGAAGACCCUGGCGGGGAUCGUGAAGGAGUACGGAGAUGUUGGCAUCUACGUCUACUUGGCAGGCUGCAGCGCCCAAGUCGUGACUGACCUCACUCAAAACCGAUUCUUCGAGAAUCCCGCCCUGAGGGAGCUGCUCUUUUACAGCAUCCACGACGCGGUCCUGAGCAGCCAGGUCCGGGAAGCCCUGGCCGCACAGGAAGCCCUGGCCGCGCCUCCCCAGGAGGAUAUGGAGCCCAACGCCACCCCCAGCACUCCGGAGGCGUAG